GUCAUAGCGAAGGCCUUUGGAAAUCGAGACCUCAACUCACAACGGCGACUGUAACCAGCCAUUGACGAGCUUCACAAUGGGCUCCAGCUCGUCCAAACCAUCGUCCGCAUCCCCUCCACACGUAUGGAAAGGGUCGUCACCAACAAGCGUGUCGCAGGACAUAGUCGAGUCCCUCCAAUCGAGCAAUGAGACCGACGUAUCCCGCGCCCAAACAGUCGAGCUCCAGAUCCAGGCCCGCGUAGCCGAGGAGCUGCGGCGCCUACAGGCCAAGGAAGCCGCCGCCCUGAAGGAGACGCAGGAGCAGCUCUCGGCGACGACGGACGGCUCGGCACCCGACCCCGAGAAGUCGCCGAGCAGGUACACGGUGUCCAAGGAGGUGGAGGCGCUGCGGGCGCGACUGGAGGGCCGGAAGAAGGUGAGGGGGAUCCCCGACUCGGUGGAGGCGGCGCGCGGUGAGGUCGUGCGGUGUCUACGCGAGCACGACCGGCGGCCGCUGGACUGCUGGCGGGAGGUGGAAGCCUUUAGGGAGGAGGUUAGGAGGUUGGAGCGGGGGUGGGUUGAGAAGGUUGUGAGCUAG